AUGACGCUGCACUGGUGGAUGCACUGGUUCUGGGUGACAACGCUGCUAUUAAUUAUAGCGUGUACCGUGAUGAACGACGCAGCUCCCCAGACAGAGUUGCACCAAGAAAGACAGCCGAGGGCCAUGUACUUCACGAAGAACGCGGAACUCGCUACAAGGACAACCAAUGAAACAAAUACCAAAGCUGAUGUCAACGGCACGACUGCCAACACAACAGAAAUAAAAUGGACGCCGGUCAAUACUGACAACAUAACCAUCAUCCCGCUGUCGGAGAACACUACUAAUAUCACGGAUUACGGGAACACUACGGAAAUACAGAACACUACAUUCACGACAAAGAGAACUAACUUCACGAUUACAGAUUUCGUGAAGGAGGACUUCACUUUGGAGGGAUCGGCUGAAAGCAGAAUAGUUACAGAGAAACCGUUAUCCUUGGAGACAAUAUUUCUACAGACACGGAUCCCACCGAACGUAGAAUCUUCUAGAAGGAUCAUAGAUUCUAGUGGUGGAGGUAUGGACACGGGGGCGAUAGCAGGGAUCUCAUUCGCGGCGUUAGUCCUGGCUGCACUAGCCGGCAGUACGGCGUUUGUUCUAUAUAGAAGAAGAUACCUCAAUAAGCCGCAGACUUUGAAUGACAAAUGCUCAAAUCCUGACUCCAGUGGAUAUCUAGAUGACAGCACUAUUAGGGACAAUUCAGAGGAGAUGUACAGUUUGGACAACGAUUCGUUCCUCAACUCCCUAGAAGCCAUGACCAUCCAGAAUUACUGGACUGACACGGUGAAGCACACCAAGCUUUAA